UUUUAAAUGUAUUCCAGAUGAGUUGGAAAACAUGCAAAAAAUACAAGUUAUUGAAAAGAAAAAGAAGAAAAUGAAGCAGAAAAGAAAAACACAUGCCGCUCUCAAAUCCAUAGACAGUUUGAUGGUGGAUAUGCCAUUUGCCAAUACAGAUAUCGGAGAUGACUCCGUUAUUACUAGUGCCUCUGAAAAAAAUAUAAAAAAGAAGAGAAAGAGAAAUACUGGAAGAGAGAAAGAAGACAGCAAGACAAUGAAGAAAAACAAAAAGCAAAGCCAGCCAAAUUACUUCAUAUCUCUUCCAAUUACAAACCCAAAGAUUAUUGGAGGUAUUCAGGCUCUCCAAGACAUAAUAGUACAAAAGGAUCACAGGCUUUCUAAAGCAAUGGUUCGUUAUGGUUCCUUGCAUAUCACCCUGUUAGUGAUGCAUUUAUCCACUGAAGAAGAAGUUGGCAUAGCAGUUGGUGCAUUUUUAGAGAGCAAGGAUUCAAUAGAAGAACUGCUACAGGGAAAACAGUUGGAUUUGUCAUUCCAAGGAAUUGAUGAUUUCAAAAAUGAAGUUGGCUUUGUGAAGUUGGCAGAAGGUGAUUGUACAGCCAUGCUUAUGGAGAUAUCAGAGACCAUGAAGAAGAUAUUUCAAGAAAAGGGCAUCUUGGCAGGAGAAAACAGAGCUUUUAAACCCCAUUUGACCUUCAUGAAAUUGUCAAAAUCACCAGACUUGCGUAAGCAGGUGAAAAAAAUUGAUCCAAACCUGUAUAAGAAUUUUAAAAGCCAUUAUUUUGGAAAUGAAACCCUGCACCGCCUAGAUCUCUGCUCCAUGCUGAAAAAAAAGCAACCCAAUGGCUACUACCACUGUGAGUCUUCUAUCACAGUCAGUGAAAAGAAUGGGGCGGAACCAGAUGAUGCAGAGUUGGUGAGCCUCAGCAAAAGGCUGGUGGAGAAUGCAGUCCUCAAGGCGGUACAACAGUAUCUAGAAGAAACUCAAAAUAAAACCAGACAGACUGAUGGAAGCCCAGUGAAAACUGAGGAUGCAACUAGUGGCAAUAGGAAUGAAAGUGACAGUGAUAACAGAAAGUGAGCGCUGUGGGAAGGCCAGAGCCCCAGAAUCUCACUGUUCCGAUCUGCUAAGUGGAGCUGGAUGAUAUGCAUUCUGCUUUCAGAGUAAAAGUCUGUUCUGAAUCAAAGGACGCCAUCUAACAGUUGAAUAAUAAUCGUUUGCAUUGAUGAAAAACUACUGAAUGCUAGGGGGAAAAAGAUGAUCUAGGGGGGGAAAAAAGAAGGAAAAAGACUGUAAAAUAGAAAGACUUAACUUCUACUGGCUCUGACUACAGAGGAUCUCUUCCUUGCUUGCGAAGCGGAAUCAAACCUUUUGUGUAUGCCUUUCAGAUUGCAAUGAAUGGCCCUGGAAGAGGCCUGGCCAUAGGUGGAAACAAUCCAUCUACAUUCUUUGGCACUGCCACAAGUAAUAGCUUGCUUGAUCUGUAACAGAACAGAUUCUGUUGCAAAGCCAACAGCAAUCAAUGCUCAGCUAAAAAUGACUGCUACAGAUGUUCGUCACAGAUACUAUUACACAGUAUGUAACAUAGUGGGAACUUCUUUUGAACAUGACACUAUGCAGUGUUCUUCACUUUUUGGUAAAAAUUGUUCACAAAUUAUAUUUUUGACAAAACACUACCUUUUUAUAUAAGAUAAAUAUGGCCAUAAUUUUAAGUCCUUUAGAAAAAUGCAUCUAUUACAUUACCUCCAUACUUUAAAAUGUUUAUAAAUAAUGCUAGUUAUAUGCAAAAUGUAUUGUAUCAUUCUUUUCCUCUAGGGAAGAAUCAUGAGGCAGACUUAAUAAAGGAGGCAUUGCACAGAGAAUCACUGUCCCUGUUAUCCAAACUGAAUCAGAUAAAGGAGCUGUUAUCAAGCCCUGAGACCCGGAUGAAAAUUUACAGGGAACUCU